GCGAUUCGCGGUCAUUUUGCUGGCGAGCAGUUGCUGUGUUGGUCGGAGUGGCUCCCACGGCUGGGAAUUGUGUGCGGUGCGUUCGGUCGGGAUUAAAGGAGAGGUGGUCAUGUCCCAGGAGGACAGCCACGAGUGGGAGCUGAGCAAGGAGAAUGUGCAGCCCCUCAGGCAGGGGCGGGUGAUGUCCAGCUUGCAAGAGGCACUGGCUCAACAGGACUCCUCCAGCCACACUGCUGUGCAGCUUAAAAAGCAGGAGUUUGAAGCAGAAAUACGAUUUUACUCUGGAGAUGAUCCUCUGGAUGUGUGGGAGCGGUACAUCAAGUGGACAGAGCAGGCCUUCCCUGGGGGUGGCAAGGAUGGCAACCUUGCAGCCGUUCUGGAAAGGGCAGUGAGAGCCCUCCAUGGGCAGCAGCAAUACUACAAAGAUCCUCGCUAUCUUAAUCUCUGGCUCAAGUUUGGUGACUGCUGCAAUGAGCCCUUGGAUCUGUACAGUUACCUGCACAGCCAGGAGAUCGGCACCACACUGGCCCUGCUCUACAUCACCUGGGCAGAGGCGCUCGAGACCAGGGGCAGCUUCAGGAAAGCGGAUCUCAUAUUCCAGGAAGGGCUCCAGCGCAAGGCUGAGCCUUUGGACAAACUCCAGGCUCAUCACAAGCAGUUUCAGGCCCGUGUUUCUCGGCAGACACUACUGGCACUUGAGGAAAGUCCUGAUGGGGACAAUAUGGGAUUGCUGGAAAUUGCAGAGCCUCAGAGAAGCUCACUGGCAGAUCUCAAAGGCAGAGGGAAGAAGAAAGUGAAAGCCCCCAUUAGUCGUGUGGGAGAUGCAGUUAAAGCCAUGAACCCAAACAGAAGCUGCCAGCCUCGGGCUCCUCUGCAAAUUCCAAAUGCUCCAAGUUUUGCUGUGUUUGAUGAAAAUUCUGUGUCUGGACCUGAGAUUCCCACACUUACAGCACAGUCAUGGCCAGCACCUCCAGUUCCCAGGGCCAAGGAGAAUGAGCUCAGCGCAGGACCGUGGAACUCAGGCAGGCGUCCUCGCAGCAUUGUGAGCUCUGGCUCGGAAGUGGCCCACCCCCUACCCAGUUUCACCCCCUAUGUGGACGAGUCAGCUCAGCCACAAAUAAUGACCCCCUGCAAAAUUGAGCCCAGCAUAAACUGCGUGUUAAGUACUCGCAAACCUGAGGAGCGGGAGGACCCACUGCAGCGAGUGCAGCAUCAGCAGCAGGACGCUCAGGCAAAGAAAGAGAUGGUGAUGUACUGCAAAGAGAAAGUUUAUGCAGGAGUUGAUGAAUUCUCUUUUGAAGAGAUCCGAGCUGAAAUCUACAGGAAGAAAGCGAGAAAGAAAGACGAAGACGAAAUACAAGCCAUAGAACGGAAGAAGGAAGAAAUACAAAGGAAAAUUGAGGAGCUGGAACAGAAAUUAAAGAAGAAGGAAGACGACAAGCAGCAACAACCACAUGAACAGGUAGCAGAGGUAAUGGGAGCUUCCAUACCUUUGGGAAUGCAAGGAUCUACUUUUUCCAGUGCAACUGAACAUGGGGAGAAACAGCCUCGGCCACAAAGUGAAUUCCAGGUCUAUGAAGAUACUCAACUACAUAAAUCAUCUUAUUCUGAGGAUGUAGGUCUGCUUCCCCCACCAGCUGCUGCUCCAUUUUUCUCUAUAUUUGAUGAAUCCUCUACUUUGACAAAUCAGAACCAAAGUUGUUCAGCAGGUCGUAGCCGGAAAAGUGCCCGUCACCCUCUCGCUGUUCUUAAGCCUGUGGAUUCUCUGAGUGCCAAGGAAAGCGCAGCAACAGCAGCAGCAGCAGCCUGUAAUGAGCUGAAUGGAAUUGAACGUUUGGCUGAGGAUGCAAUUGUGACAGGCUCCUACAAGAACAAGACCCUUUGUGCCAACCCAGAGGACACGUGUGACUUUAACAGGGCUGCCCACCUGGCCUCAACGCCCUUCCACGGGGUGGUGGCUCAGAGAGUCCCAGCUCCUGCUUUUUCUCAGAGUGAACUGAAGGAGGAAGAUAGUCCAGAAUCCAGGAGUGCACCUCAGACUCAGGAGACACCAGUGUGUGAAGGAGCAUACACUGAAGCUCUCAGUGUGAAAAAACUGAGCCCGAUCAUGGAAGCAAGCCUGGAAGAUACUCGCUCAUCAGGUUCUUCAGUCUCAGGAGGUUCUCUAUCCUCUGUUACACAAAUGUCUGCUAUUAAAUACCUGCAGAUCAGUGAGAAACUGGAGCUGGCUCAGAGCUUGCCUGUUGAAGUGGUUACUGAUUCUGGAGGUGGAAACAUUACUGGGGAUGAUGUGGCUCAAUUCCUGUGGAGCCCUGAACAGCGUAAAAAGCUUUUAGGUUCUGUGCUAUCAUCACUGGUUGCUUCUCCAGAUUUUCACUUGGAGACUGGAGCUGUGCCUCACAUGGAGGUUGAGAAAGAUGUUGAGCUGGGAAAUGAGACUUACUGCAUCAAAAUGGAAUACUGGAACAAUGAAGAAUACAAGAUGUUUUUUGCCAUUCCAACUGGAGGCAUUUUCCAGUGGGAUGCAAAGGGAUUUGCGAUAAAGGUGUAUUCUCAGCCUGUGCCUUGGGAUUUUUAUAUCACCCUUGAGUUACAGAAGCGUUUGAAUUCUGACUUUGACCAGAGCUUCAGUGAGAAUUGCAGCUGCUACCUGUACCAGGAUGGCUGUGCCAUUGUGCACAAGGAUACAAAUUGCUUCACGCUCACGGAUAUUCUCCGUGACCGCAAGUUCAUCACAAAGGAAAUAAUCUUCUUGGUUGUUCAUGAUCUUCUGCAUGUGGUGGAGAAGCUGCACAAAGCAGAGAUUGUCCAUGGAGAUCUGAGGCCAGAGGUGUUGUUUCUGGGAGACAGGAUCUGCGAUGCGUUUUCUAAUGAGGAGGUGCCAAAUGCUCUGAAAGUGGUGGAUUUCUCUCACAGUCUGGAUUUGAGGGUAAUGCCUCGAGUCAGCUUGCCCUACAACUUUCCCACAGCUCAGACCCCUCAUGGACAACAGCUUCUGGCAGAAAGUUCUCAUCCUUAUCAGGUAGACUUGGUUGGCAUUGCAGAUAUAGUCCAUUUGAUGUUGUUUGGAGAUCAUAUCCAGGUCUAUCAGGAGAAUUCCAUCUGGAAAAUCAGCCAAAACUUAACAAAGACCCCUGACAGUGAUUUCUGGAGUAAACUUUUUGAGAGAAUUCUGAAUGCAGAUGGCAAGUCCACAGUACCUCUGCUGAGUGAGUUGAGAGGGGAAAUCAGUGAAAUGUUUGACAGCUCUUUCAAAGAACGACUUUUGUUGACCUUAGCUGCUGUGGGAGAAACUUUCCUCCUGGUGAACUUCCAGUGACUUCAUAGAAGACAAACGCAUUUUGUAUUCUAGAGAAGAAUUUGUUGUUGCUUUCUUAUGUUUUCAAAUGUAAACAUGAGAGUGAUUGGAGCCAUUUCUGCAAUACUUCCCAUGAGACUUGCUCAAGAAUGUUUCUAUUGCAUGAGUGCAUGGAAAACCUCCUGAGCCUCUACAUGAACCUUUCUGUGUUGGGGCAGUUUGCAAGAAAAAAUUGUUUGUCUUAACUGCCACCUGCCCUUCUUGUACAGCUCCUUAAAAAUUUAACACCUAACUUGCCCCACACUCUUUGAAAUGUCUUUGUCUUGCAUUCUG